AUGACUAUUGAAAUUAACAAAGAUUAUACUGAUAUGCAGAACAAUCAAAAUACUUAUUCGAAUUCGUUAAACAAAACACAAAUUCUACAUCGGUAUCCAUUACGUCCACGUAUGGGGCUAAAACAUACAAAGUAUAGAAAAAUCAACGAUUGUAAUAUUUCCUGUGAAAAUAAUACAGAUGUGAUUACCGACAAGAUCCAACCCAUCAGUAUUGAUGAGGAUCGGCUGAUCAAUAAUUAUUGUGCAGAAAGAUUGUUGAAACAAUAUUCCAUUUUACAAUAUGAACGUUUAGCAGUAGAAACACAGAAGAAUAAACACCAAGAUGAAUUUAAACUCAAAAGACAAACUUUACUCAAUCGAAUGAUGCCAACAAUGAGACAACCAAUAAAAGCUAGACAUUCAUUGUAUCAUACAAGGAACAACAAAAUAUGUGAAUCCGAAAA